AUGCCCUCGCCGGGAGGGUCCUCCCCGCCGGCCGGCGAGUCGCCGUCUCCAUCGCCAGGGCCGCAGGGCCACCCCGGCCCGGGGCCCGCGGCCGGCGCCAGCCCCGGGCUCGGGGUCCAUGACCUGCCGCCGGAGCUGAUGCUCAUGGUGCUGGCCCGGCUGGCCGAGGCCCGGCGAUCGGCGCACGUCCCGCGCUCGCGCGAAGGGCCGCCCUUCACCGCCGGCGGCCUCGGCGACGUGGCCGCCUGCGCGCGAGCCUCCCGGCGCUGGGCCGCCCUGGCCACCAGCCCCCGCACCGAGGACCCCCGGCCGGUGAGCUGGCCGGCCGUGGCGGUGACCGUGGCGGCCCCGGGGCCGGAUGUGGACUUCCUGACCGGCGCCGGGGAGGCCUUCGCCGGGCGCCGGCGCAUCGACACCCUGCACCUCACCGGCCCGGGGGUGUAUGGCCGCCUGGUGCCGGCCGGCCGGCCGGUCCCGUCGCCCGGCGGCCCUGGCGGCCCCGGCGGCCCCGGCGCCGCUCUGCUGGCAUCGCUCUCCGGGCAGGGCGACCUGGACUGGGCAGCCGGCCGCCCGGGCGAGCCCGGCCCCCCGGCCGGCUCCGGCUGGCUGCACAUCGAGGCGCUGCAGGUGGACUUCCACCCGGGCUUCAUUCGGUACCCCGGCGCGCGGGCCCCCGGGGCGCCGCGGUCCCUGCAGGAUGCCCAGGCCCGGCAGGUCGGGUCCCCGUGGCCGGCUGCCGCCCUGGUGGGGCUCCUCCGGUCGGUGGCCCGCCCAGGUCCCCUGGCCCUGCCGAGCGUGUGCAGCCUCUCCCGGCGGACGGCCGCCUGGCCCGGGGCCUUUCCCCCGGCACCCGGGUGCACCCUGGUCCACCUGCACCUGGACUGCAUCAACUUCACCGAGCUCCGGGCAUUGGUGCGGCUGUGCACGCCGCAGGCCCCGGCCGGGGCCGGCCGCCCGGGGCCCGACUACCGCGGGGCCUGGUGCGUUGCCCCGAGCCUCCGGUGCCUGACCGUGAUCGCGUGCGUCGUCAAUCUGGAGGCCAUUUCCGACUCGCGGCACACCGGCCCCCCCCCCGGGCUCCGGCCUCUGCUCUCGCGAAUGGACGUGCGCUUCCUGCCCGUUCCCCGGCCCCGGCAGGGGGUCUUCGGCUUCGAUGGGCGCGCCCUCACCGCCCUCACGCUGCUGGGGUUCGCCCACCUCCCCGGGCCGGGGGAGGACCUGGCCGCGGCGGCGGCCGCCGCCCGCUGGCCGGCCCUCACCCACCUUCGCCUCGACUGGCCGACGCUCCCCCCCCCGGCGGAUGGGGCCCUGGCCGACAUGUGCCGGGCCCAGUCGCGUGCCACGCGCCAGCACUUCGCCGAGCGCCUUCUCUGGGCUCGUGGGAUCCUCCACCGCCGGGCCCUUGGCCGCCUGCCGAUCGAGCAGCCCGUGCCCUUGGCCGACUCGGCCUCCAGCCCGUCCGACUUGUUGGAGGGUCCGCCCGGCCCGGCGGCCCCCCGGGACGACCCGGCGCCCAUGCUGCCUGCCGGCCCCCCGGUCGCCCGGAGCCCCGUCUCUCGCACGCCGUACCUCCCGGCCCCGGACCACCCGGCCCGGGCCAUGCACUUCCUGGACUCCCCGCUGGCCGUGGCCCAAUGCCCCUGCCUCCGGGCGGAUCUCCUGCAAACCCGGCGAUCUGCCGGGCUGCCCCUCUCGGCGCAGCCGCCCUGGCCGCCGGGACAGUGGCCCGACGCCGGGGCCCGCCCGCCCGGGGAUGGCCCCCCGCCGCCGGCUGCCGGCUGCCCGCCGGCCACGGCGCCGGAUGUCUCCUGCUGGCGGCCCCCCCUGGCGGUCAUCCUCCCGGCCGCCGCGGCCACCGACGUCCACCUGUCCUGGGGCCCGGUGGACUUGGUCCAGCCGGUCCCGGCGCCCGGGCGGUCGGCCGCCCGCUUCCACCUCCUGGACCCGGACACCGAGUCCCCCGUCCACGGGCUGGGCCUUCGGUGCGCCAUGGAGGACGUCCUCGGCCCGGCCGGCGGCCUGGCCUCCCUCACGAGCCAGCUUCAGGAUUGGCUUCCCGCGGCGGGCAGCCGGCGCCCGGGCCCCAGUCCCAGCCUGGAGGCCCUCCUCCGGCCGCUGGUGCACCUGCGUAGCCUGGAUCUGAAUCUCCCCCCGCCGGCGCCCGGGUCGGCCCUUGCCCGGGCCGGCGCCGGGUGCCCCGUGUGCGUGCCCGGCGCCGGGGCUCGGACCCGCGCGGCCCGGCCCAUGCCCCAUCUGCGGGCCUUCCGCGGCCACUGCCGGUGGCUCGACGCCCUGGCACCCGGCCAGGCCUGCUGCCUGGCCCGCCAGCUGAAUUCCCUCUGCCUUGUGCCGGCCCUCGGCACGGCCGGCGACGAGCCGCCGGUGUCCGGGGCCGGGGUGCGCGACCUACGCGCCCUGGCAUCCCCCCCCGGGGCCCCCAUGCUGCCGGCCGUCGACGCCCUCCACCUGACGGCCGACAGCCUGGACCAGGUGACCGAGCUCCUCUUCCCCCGGUGCCAAGCCGGCCCCGGCUGCGCCGCAUGCACCCCGGCCUCCACCCGGGGGGAUCUCCUGAAGGUGCCCCUUUGCCCGGCGGUCCAGGCCGGCUGGCUGGCCACGCGCCAGCGCCUGCGCCGCCUCAGCAUCCUUGUCGACCGCUCCAUCACUGAUGGCGACUUGCGCUCGCUCCUGGGGUGCUUCCUGCGCCGGCCACUGGCGCCCGGCCAGCCCGACGCGCCGGCGCCGGCCCCCCCGGCCCUCGAGCGCCUGAGCAUCCUCGGGUCUCUGGACAACGACGCCACCGAGGACACCCUGGCCCUGCUGGGGCGCUUUGAGCGCCUCUCCUGCCUGCGUCUCAACCGGCUGACCGGUGCCUCCAAUGGCACGGGCUUCGUGGGCACCCUCCUCCGCCGGGCGCAGGGGGUCCCCCUGCAGGAGCUCUGCCUCGACCGGCCGUACGGCUUGAAUGCCAGCCGCAGCGUGGCCGGCCUGCGCGACACGCUGAUGCACUUCCUGUCGGCGGACUUCCGCCGCGAGCAGAAGCCCCACAUGCGGCACAUCCCGACCGGGGCCCAGGUGGCCACGGUCCCCGCCUCGGCCACCUCGCUGGAGGUCCUGCGCCUCUUCUUCGGCGAGAUGCCAGCCCGAGGCGCGCAAUUCGGCUUCCUCCGUGGCCUGCCCAAUCUCCGGGUUCUGCACAUCCGCGCGCUCGAGCUCGACGUCCCGGGCGUCAAGCGGCAUUUGGACACGGAGCCGGCCCCGGAGGCUGGGGCGGCCCGGGCGUCCAAGCGCCGACGCGCCACCGGCACGCCCGACCCCCCCCGGCCCCGGGGCCCGCCACCGCCUCCGACCGUGGUCCACCGGGUGGAGGCCCUCCCCCGGAGCCCGGCACCCCUGCUGCGCACCCCGCUGGCCCGGUGGCUGGAGCUCCUCCACACUCAUGCCACCUUCGAGGCCACUCCCCUGGACCAGCAGGUGGUCCUGACACCGGGCAGCUGGCCGGCAUCGGCCGUCGACCAGACGCUGGCCCGCAUCGGGUCAACCGGGGCCCCGCUGCCGGCCGAGCCCACCGGCUGGUUCACCCCGGACCUGAUCCACUGCCCCUCGGGGCCGGCCUUCUCCGGAGACCCCUAAGGCCGCGCGCCUCCCGCCGUCGGCGCCGCCGCCGCCACUUCCAUCUUCCCCUGUGCCCCGGGGGCCCGUCUCCAAAGCCCCUUUAUAGAGGGAGCCGGGCUCCCCGGCGCACGCACCUGUCCAAACACGGAGAUAAAAGGACGGAGUCUAAGGA